CACCCUAGGCUGCCUGAACCCUUCUGUUCACACUGACCCCAACAGUACCAAACCACGCCCACUCGGCCAUCGGGCGCCCAUCACGUGCACUCCUUGCCGUUGCUCUGGCCGCAGCGCCACCCAGCCGAGCUCGGUUGUCCUGGAGAGGGACUCGCAGAUCCCGCGGUUUCUGGCCAAUUGGAUCUGGUGAGUGGAGAUCUCCAGGGUGAGGCCCACAGAGCCCUGCCCCGUCUUCCCUCUCACUUGGGGGGUCCAGAACCACCAGUAUGUCAGCUGAGCCGAGCGCUCCAGGGACCUCACCCAGGACACCGCGUCCUGGGGCCCAGAAGUCAUCGGGUGUGAUAACCAAGAAGGGGGACCGGGCCGCUAAGGAGAAGCCAGCAACUGCCCUGCCUCCGUUGGGCGAGGAGGAGCCGAAAAAUCCCGAGGAGUACCAGUGCUCUGGGGUCCUGGAGACAGACUUCGCCGAGCUCUGCAUACGGUCAGGCUACACAGACUUUCCCAAAGUUGUCACCCGGCCUCGGCCCAACCAGAACUUUGUCCUUUCCGCUUCCAUGUCAGAAAAACCCACCCAAGACGACCAGCGGCUGUCAGCAUCCUGCAGCCAGAACAGCCUGGAGAGCAAAUACGUGUUCUUCCGGCCCACCAUCCAGGUGGAGGUGGAGCAGGAGGACAGCAAGGUGGUGAAAGAGAUCUACAUCCGAGGUUGGAAACUUGAGGAUCGGAUUCUGAGUAUUUUCUCCAAAUGUCUGCCCUCCCUCAGCCAGCUGCAAGCCAUCAACUUGUGGAAGGUGGGGCUGACGGAUAAGACCCUGACCUUGUUCAUCGCCCUUUUGCCUCUCUGUUCCUCCACACUCAGGAAGGUAUCUCUGGAGGGGAACCCAUUACCGGAGCAGUCCUAUUACAAGCUCAUGGGACUGGACAGCACGAUCUCUCACUUAUCUCUGAGGAACAACAGCAUCGAUGACCAUGGGGCGCAGCUCCUAGGCCAGGCGCUGUCCACACUGCACAACAGCAACCGGACCCUUGUUUCACUGAACCUGGGAUUCAACCACAUCGGGGACGAGGGAGCGGGCUACAUCGCAGAUGGCCUGAGACUGAAUCGCUCUCUUCUCUGGUUGUCUCUGGCGCACAACCGUAUUCAAGACAAGGGUGCACUGAAGCUGGCUGAGGUCCUGCGCCCUUUUGAGCUGACCCACACGGAGGUGGUGGAGCGGCGGCGCCUGCUCUUGGAGAAAGGAACGCAGGAGCGGUCGUCACGAUCGCCUUCCUCCUCACGACAUGGAGACUCCAAAACAGAACGUGAGAAGUCUCAGACGACGGGGAUCAGCAAUGUUACUUCGGUGGACAAGCCAGAAAAGAUGCAGACAUUAAAAACACCCAAGGGUCUGGGCAAGAAAAAGGAGAAGUCUGGGGAAGUUGUAAAGAAGGAAGAGAAGUCGGGCCCCGGGCAGUCCCCUACACAAGGAACCCCUAAGAAAGAAGAUGCCACAAAGGCAGGCAAGGGGAAGGUAACCAUCCCUGAGCAGAAGAUGAGCAAGGGCAAAGGGAUGAAGACGGGGAGCAAAGAGAAGCGCAGCACCUUCCUCGAGUCAGAGCAGCUUGUUGUUGAAGCUACAGAGAUGGUUAACCCUCUCCUGGAGCCCGUGGAGCACCGAGAUGGGAAGGUUUUCAUGCCUGGGAACAAGGUCCUUUUGCACCUCAACCUCCUCCGAAACCGAAUCACAGAGGUGGGGCUGGAAGGCUUCCUCACUGCUGUGCAGUACCAGGUCCAGGUCUCCAAGCCCAGGACUUCUUCGUCCAAGGGCCCCUUGGGGCUGCUGUGGCUGUCCCUGGAGAAAAACUGCUUUGACCUGCAGUGUCCAACAUACACCAUGAUUCAGGAACUGAUGCUGCCAAGGGACCCUGUGAAGGCCAAGGUCAGGGAGGAGGAGGCCACAGCUACCUAGGCCUCCCACGGGCAGCCCCAUGUCCUUGGGAGAUGUCACGGACCAAUAACAGUCUGUUGCUGUGCUAUUCUGAAAAUCACUCCAGAACUGUUUGGAACAUUUAGGCUCUUGUGUCUGUUCAUGCUGCCUGGCUAGACGCGGCAGAGUGGUGCCCUGAAUCACACCAUGUCUCUGUUUGGGGAUGAACUGAGUUCCUGGCUACAAAGCCAGGGCCCUUGCUCUACCUCCUGGGUGUCCCAGUGGCACCUCCCAGACCAUCUCUGCCAGCAUACACUCAGCCUUAGGAUGAUGCGGGUCCAUCAGCACAAUUGAUGGAGGGAGUAAGCUUGGAACGAUCAUCUCCCAGCAUUCCAUGCUGCUUAUCUCCAACCCAUGUUGCCUGGCUUGUGAGAGGCCAGGGAGAGGGUACUGUAUUCAUAUAUGACUGGCAAAGGCCAAACAUUAGGCACAGCAGGUCAGCAACUUGAAAUCAUGGACAUGUAGAGUUGGGGCUGCCAGGCUGUCUCCACUAAAUUUUGGAGAGCCCAUGUCAACCUACAGGGUAAAAGGACACUGCCCUCAUCUCUAGCCCCUCUGCCUACCAGAGCUCCAUCUUCAGCACUGGCUGCCCCAGCACUGGCUGCAGGGAUAUCUCCCAGUGCUCUGAGUCCCAACACUGUCAAGGAGCACCAUGAUCAUUCAUUACGGCUUCUCCAGUUACAUCUGCCAGGUCCUCUAAAGCUCUGUCUUCAGCCCUACACUUCAUCAACAGCCAUGGCUAAUUGUGAUACACGGCUGUAUCUGAGGCACUGUUGGAGCCUGUGGGAGGAAGGCCAGGGAGGAAGGAGAGGUAUGGGGGCAGUGAGGUGAACUUUCUUUAUGUUUUACAGCUGAGGGUAGGUCUUGAGAUCUCUGUUCCUUUGUGUGAAGUAACCACACUAUCUGUUUUGGGCCAGGGUCACUUGCCCAACCUCUUCUGAGAAGGCACACACCUGAAACUUUGGGAGAGGUGGGGGACUUGGUGUGGGAUGCAUGGCAGGGGCUCUCCUGGUUCCCUCUGUCCAUUCUUGACCAGUCACGACCAGCAUCCUGUAUCAGUCUAAGAAUCAUACAACCACGAUGGAAGAAUAUUUAACUUUUCUUUAAAAAAAUCUUAACCAUGAAAGGAGGAAAAUAAGAGUAUACAUUAUUUUAACAGCAAAACAGUCAU